CUCCAGACUGUCAACAGCGCAGCAGCGGCCACACCGAAGCUCAGUGCAAGCAGCAAGCAUGGGCAUGCAGCCGCCGCCAAGCCCGGGCAGACGCGCCCUGAUGGCGUUGGUUCUUGCCUGUGGCCUGGUGGGGGUCUGGGGAGAAGAGAGUGGACUCCCGCCUGCCGGAGCCACCAGCUCAUUUCAGGGGACCGAAGAGAUCAUGAUGCCACCCACGAAGACCUCCUGGAUACAAGAUUCGAACUCCAGUCUGUCUUGGUCACCAACACCUGCAGAGGUGACUAAAGGAGGGGCCGUGGCUGCAGCCCCGCCGCCGCGGUCCCAGCCCCCUCCCCCAUGCCAAGGAAACAUCGAGAUCAAGGAGACUUUCAAAUACAUCAACACCGUUGUGUCCUGCCUCGUAUUCGUGCUGGGUAUCAUUGGAAACUCCACGCUGUUGAGAAUCAUCUAUAAGAACAAGUGCAUGAGGAAUGGCCCCAAUAUUCUGAUCGCCAGCCUGGCGCUGGGGGACCUGCUACACAUCAUCAUUGACAUCCCCAUCAAUGUCUAUAAGCUCCUUGCAAAGGACUGGCCAUUUGGAGUUGAGAUGUGUAAGCUGGUGCCUUUCAUACAGAAGGCCUCUGUGGGAAUCACUGUGCUGAGUCUAUGUGCUCUAAGUAUUGACAGAUAUCGAGCCGUUGCGUCGUGGAGUCGCAUUAAAGGAAUUGGUGUUCCAAAAUGGACAGCAGUAGAAAUUGCUUUAAUUUGGGUGGCCUCCAUAGUUCUGGCUGUCCCUGAAGCUAUAGCUUUUGACAUGAUUUCCAUGGACUACCAAGGAAGACAUCUACAUAUUUGUAUGUUGCAUCCUGUACAGCAAACAGCCUUCAUGCAGUUUUACAAGAAAGCUAAAGAUUGGUGGCUAUUCAGUUUCUAUUUCUGCUUGCCAUUGGCCAUCACUGCAUUUUUUUAUACCCUGAUGACAUGUGAAAUGUUGAGAAAGAAAAGUGGCAUGCAAAUUGCCUUAAAUGAUCACUUAAAGCAGAGGCGGGAAGUGGCCAAAACAGUGUUUUGCCUCGUCCUGGUAUUUGCUCUCUGUUGGCUUCCCCUUCAUCUGAGCAGGAUUUUGAAGCUCACACUUUAUGAUCAGAGUGAUCCCAACAGAUGUGAACUUCUAAGCUUUUUGUUGGUAUUGGAUUAUAUUGGCAUCAAUAUGGCCUCCUUGAAUUCCUGCAUUAAUCCAAUUGCUCUGUACUUGGUGAGCAAAAGGUUCAAAAACUGUUUUAAGUCAUGCUUGUGCUGCUGGUGCCAGUCAUUUGAAGAAAAACAGUCCUUGGAGGAAAAGCAGUCCUGCUUAAAGUUCAAAGCUCAUGAUCACGGAUAUGACAACUUCCGUUCUAGUAAUAAGUACAGCUCAUCUUGAGAGAGGGAAUCUUAAUCUCAUUCUCUUUAUUUUGGACAGAAGUCAUUAAAAUGGGACAAAUCCAUUUCCAAAACAAAACACAAAGCUGUAUGUUCACACAAAUCCAUGUGACAAUGUAAGGGAGAUUGCUUUGACACCUAAUGAGCUCUUUACAACACAAGAAGGAAAGUGGAAAGGCCAUGAGAACUGAGAAGCUUCAUGGGGAACGCACUUAACGUUUUCCAUUAUACUUAGCACUCCAGCAUAGCUUUUAGUAGCUUCCAGUGUAUUCAUCUGCCACUUUAUCUUAAAUGAGGUUCAUUGUUAAAUUAUAUGAAUCGGGACAAAGGAAGAUGAGUCAUGGUGAAGCUAAAUUUUUAAAUGAAGUUUUGAUUCCUCAGUUGCAGUUUUUCUUUAAUUAAACAACUUUGAAAAAAAGAAAAGAAUGUCACACCCUUGGUCUGACUGUAAUUGGAUGCAAAAAGUGAAAGCUGGUUAGCUGGUGGAUUUAGGGAACAUUAGAAACAUUUAUGAUAGGGAAGGAAGUGUCUAAGAGAUCAAGGUUGCCUUGGAAAAUCAUCAUACUCUACAUUAGCUCGGAUCACAGGUCUCAAAGAGAAAGAUGGAUUGCAGUUGCUAACACAACAUACUCUUUUGAGAUCUUCCAACUACCUACAGUAUUUUUCAGUAUUAUUAAACAAUUCCUUCAUUGCUGUAGUUUAAGUUCUAUUUGUUCGGUAUUGUCUGUAAAUACAUAGUCACCUACACUACAUGGAGAUGAUAAAAACAAAGGGCAGGCCCCAGCGUUCAUAUUUUUAGGACAGAGAGAUGCCAGUGACCCAAUAAUGGACAGAAUGUGAAUUGUCUGGUUCAGUGUCCAUGUGCAGCAGAGCCAUGCUGUGGGCAAAGUGGUCUCUAGCAUAUUGCAGUUAAAAUUCUCUCUUUUACAAUCACACAAAUUAGUCAAUUUAGCAACUACCUAUAAGGUUGAUUACUAAUUUUUACAUUAUAUUUGUACAUAAGCAAUAGAGAGGUUCUGGAUAUAGUGCUUUUCUAUCAAUUCAAGGACAAAUUGCUUUAGUGGAACCCUUUAGGGGGGGAAAAAAAAGAUUACUUUACUUUGUGCAUUUUUGCCUAAUUUUUUAAGCUUCUCCACAAAGUGCCUUAGGUUAAGUCCAGAUGAGAAGUGUGUGAAAGUAUGCACCACAGAAACGGAAGAGAGAGGAAAUGAGGUGGGGUUGGAGGAAAUCCAUGGGGACAUAUUCCCAUUCUUAGCCUGGUGUUCGUCAUUGCCUGUCACAUCCAUGCAAAAGGUCCUGAUUCUGUUCCAGCAAAACCCAGGGCAGUGUUCUCAGAGUGACUUCAGGAACAAAAGGGGCCCAAGAGUUUCAACUCUGUCUUAAAAUAUAACCGAAUUGAAUCUACCCCCCCCACCCCUUCUUUUUCCUUUUAGUAAGCCAGACCACAUGUUGGAAAUCAGCUAGGAAUGCUAUUUUCUGCCAAACCUUGUGAGACCAUAUACAAUAAACCAAAAUGCAACCGUGUCACAAAGAAAGGACAAUAAUUAAUCCCCAUGCCCCAUGGAUUCUGUUCACAAGUCACUCACAGUUCUUGUUUCCUAAGUUCUUCCUAUUUUUUUUUCAAACCUUGUCAGCGUAAAAGACUUUUCAGAUAUUCAAUCUGAAAUUAACUUUAGGUCACUAAUGUUUUCGCAGCAGGUGCAUAUAUUUUUUUUAUUCCUGUUGAGGUUUAGAUCAAUUUUAUUACUAUGUCCUAAGUUUUUAUGUCCUAAUAACCUUCUCAUUUACAUCCUAAUACCCUUUCCUUCCCCAUUCAGCAUAGAGAGCUGUAAUCAUCUUGCCAGUUUUUUUAACCUGCAUGCACACAGUAUUAAUGCACUUCUUCUGAUCAAAGUACUUUAUAUGCAUAUAGGAAAAUAUCAACAGGAAACUCAUUAUUUUGUAUAAUAUACACAUAAAAUGUGGAAAAUAUUUGGUUCAAAACUUUAACAUAUAAAUAGGGGCAAGAAAUGCAAAUGCUUUCUUUGCAUAAUUAAAACCAAAAUGAAAGGUGCUACUAUCUAACUUUGUAUUUUCUAAUACCAAGAAGAGUUUACUAUAGUAACUGACAAAGCAAUACUAACAAGAAUGUUAAGUAAAAUCCUAAUGUACAAUCCUAAGUGAUUUUAACCUUUUCUCUCCUUUAUUUGUUAAUGGGUAUGUGUUCAACCACCUUUCAGUAUUAACAACUUGCAUAUAUGGCCAAAAAAACACCAGUGAUAACAAAACAUGAGUAAACUGUAGCUAAUUUUAUAAAAUUGUAACAUAAACAUGUAAAAUAGUUCUAUAUUUUGCUUUUUUUCCUGUGGUCACUUAAAAAGUGGCAACCACUGAAGUUGCUGAUUUCUUAUUAUGUAAA